AUGUCAAUGUUUGACAGAAAGCGAACUUAUGACGGAACUCUGCCCAAAACCCCUGUUCUAAGUUUAGAUGCUAGUAAAAGGUCUACGCGAAAGCUGCGAUCAGAAUUUCUCAUGUUCAUGGAGCACACCCCACAUGAAAUGCUCUUGCAGCUGAUCGAACUGCUUGACAGAACAGACGUGAUUUCUCUUGCCUCCACAAGCAAGCCCAUAAGGAGGCGCCUUUUACCAUAUAUUUUCGAUCGAGUCAAAUGUUCCUGGGAUGACCUGUUGAUCGAGUGGAAAUCGUCAUGUGGCGUGUGCGCUCCAAUCUCAAACCCUGAGCUCAUAGAAACUUUGCGCUUAACUUCUUCGUGUUCAAAAAAUGAAUGGGCGUUUCCUUUUCACGUUCUAUUCGAUCGAGAUUCUCUAAUGCUUAAUUUGAAAAGCAUUACGCUCCCUAGUUCAGGGUCUACUAAUUUUUUCAAAUAUUGCGAUGUAGCGCCGGGAUUGCUGAAGUUACAAAUAAACGCAGAUAGAAGUGAUUCGGCUUUCUGCUUAGAGCAUGUCAGGAAUUUCCCAUAUCUUAAAGAGCUGAUUCUAUCCAGCUUUCAUAUUGAAGAGCAUGACGAUGGCGCAUCAGAUAUUUGCCCCAAGUUAAAGACUUUGAGAUUGGAAAACUGCACAUGGAACUAUCCCUUCAACCUUGAAAAUCUAGGAAAAAACAAUAUUAGCUCGCUUCAUCUAGAAUACUCGAGUAGCUUCAUUAUAAGUGAACGCUUCAAGCACUUCCUUUCAUGCCCAAGUUUCACCAACCUCAAGGAAUUGUCUAUUGUCAACAACGAAAAUAAUUUAAGGCUAACAAUUUCCGUGCAGAUUAUGACCCUGAUACAAGCCAUGCCAACACUUAAAAUUUUGAAACUUAAAGGAAAUAUUUACAAUGAAGCAUUAAUUCGAGCGAGCGAAUCCACCGCUUCUAAUCAUACAAACGUUGUCGCGGUGCGAGAUGUAAAAGUUUUAUACUCCAGCUUUUUGCGGGACAUUCGCUAG